AUGGGUAAAGCAAAAAAAACCAGAAAGUUUGGCCUCGUCAAACGUACUUUAAACGCCAAGAAAGAUGCCCGUCUUAAGGCCAAUCAACCCAAAACGGCCGGCAAAGAAGACUCCGAGCUUACAAAACACGUUCCACAGGUAUCAAGUGCGCUAUUUUUCCAAUACAACCAGGCCAUCAAGCCGCCCUACCAGGUGCUGAUAGAUACCAAUUUCAUCAAUUUUUCGAUCCAGAAGAAAAUAGACCUAGUGCGAGGCAUGAUGGACGCGCUGCUGGCCAAGUGUGUACCGAUCAUCACUGACUGUGUGAUGGCCGAACUCGAGAAACUAGGCCCCAAGUACAGAAUCGCUUUGAAGCUGGCACGUGACCCUCGGAUUCAAAGGUUGAGUUGUAGCCAUAAGGGCACCUACGCCGAUGACUGUAUUGUGAACCGUGUGCUCCAACACAAGUGCUACAUUGUUGCCACCAACGAUGCUGGACUGAAACAGCGGGUUCGUAAAGUGCCGGGGAUUCCGCUCAUGAGCGUGGGUGGACAUGCAUACGUGGUUGAAAAGCUGCCGGACGUUUUUUAA